GAUUAUCUGAUCUGAUCUGGGAUCGGGAACUGAAGCAAAGAAGAGCGUAUUUUGACCAAAAUAUUUAUCCAAAUCUUGAUGAAAUGAAUGACGCAACAUUCAAUAUAGAUGGCGGGUAUCUUGAAGGACUUGUAAGAGGAUUCAAGGGUGGGAUCCUCAGACAACCAGAUUAUCUGAAUCUUGUGCAGUGUGAAAUCUUGGAAGAUUUGAAACUACAUCUACAGAGUACAGACUAUGGUAACUUCCUCCAGAAUGAGCCAUCGCCACUCACAGUAUCAGUCAUUGAUGACAAGCUGAAGGAGAAAUUAGUGACCGAGUUCCAGCAUAUGAGAAAUCAUGCCGUUGAACCCAUGUCAAAGUUCAUGGACUUUGUCACGUAUAGCUACAUGAUUGACAACAUCAUCCUGCUGAUCACAGGAACACUGCAUCAUCGUUCCAUCUCUGAACUCAUUCCAAAAUGCCAUCCGCUAGGCAGCUUUGAGCAGAUGGAAGCAGUCAAUGUUGCCCAAACACCAGCUGAUCUCUACAAUGCCAUCAUCGUCGAUACACCUCUUGCUCCCUUCUUCCAAGAUUGUAUCUCGGAGCAGGAUCUGGAUGAGAUGAACACAGAGAUCAUCCGUAAUACCCUGUACAAGGCCUACCUGGAGGCCUUCUACAAGCUCUGCAAGGAUAUUGGAGGGGCCACAGCAGACUCCAUGUGUACCAUCUUAGGGUUUGAAGCUGACCGUAGAGCGUUCAUCAUCACCAUCAACUCAUUUGGGACAGAACUGACCCGUGAGGAUCGAUCCAAGCUAUACCCCCGAUGUGGUCAGCUUCACCCAGAUGGGUUGGCAGCCCUGUCCAAGUGUGAUGACUAUGACCAGGUCAGAGCGGUUGCAGAAAGCUAUCCAGAGUACAAGAUGCUGUUUGAAGGUGCAGGAACUAAUCCAGGUGACAAGACUUUAGAGGACAAGUUCUUUGAGCAUGAGGUCAGGCUAAACAUCAAUGCAUUCCUCCAGCAGUUCCACUUUGGCGUCUUCUACGCUUACGUCAAACUCAAGGAGCAGGAGUGCAGGAACAUUGUAUGGAUCGCAGAGUGUGUAGCGCAACGGCAGCGGGGCAAGAUUGAUAACUACAUUCCCAUCAUGUAAAUCAUAUCAGAGAGUGAAUAUGUAAUUUAUAUAGUACGCAGGGUGUUCUGCAAAAACCUACCAAGUCAUAGUACCAAUUGGACAACUACCCUCUUCAUGUGCUCACAAGCUUCUCUUAAAUUUCAUCAAUGAAAGAAUCAUACAGAUAUCUGCUGAAAGAAAAUCCUAUAAAGCCAGUAGCUAUUUCAUAAAGAGUUAUAACUAUGGUAAUGUGCCGUUAUGGCAAGUACUAUGGUAACAAGGCCAAGCAGCAAAUCAAUAUGUUUCCAUGGUAGUUAACAUCAUGGCAAAGUUAUCAAAGUUAUAAAGUCUUAAUGAAAUGAAACACAGAUUUAGAAGAGCCGAUAGAUGCCCUAUCAUGUCUGAAUGUUAGGUAGUAUCCUUUUCCCGAUAAAUUCAUUUUUAAGCAUGGAUGCCAAAAUGUGAGAUGCUUACUGUUGUGCUUUUCGUAUUGACUGUCGUUCUGGUCCAUGCUAUAUCAUUGUCAAGAAAACUGUAUCACCAAACAACUUUUAGAAUUUUGAUGAUACACUGAUCAUAUACAGAAGAAAAUGAAAUAGUUUUGUAAAACACCCUGCAUAUGAGAAUAUUCCAUAUAAUUUAGAUUUCAUAAGUGACUCUUAUGUCAUGCAAACAUUUACCGGUAUCAGAAAAUUCAAUUUUUCAAAUUUCACUCAUACGCAAUAUGAUGAAGAGUUUAUGUUAUGUUCAUUGCAUGUCAAAGAUGUCCAUUGUGUAUGAAAAUAAGCAAUCAUGUCAGUUUAUAGUGGAUAGAUGAAUAUAAAAGAGAAAGAUGCAAUGAUUAAAGUAUAUGCUAUAUAUUUUAUGCCAUUGUAUUUCUUGGUAUUUAUCUGAAGGGUCUUGACCGACAACAAAAACAUGUAGAAUACUGAAGUAGGCAUUUCAUGACAGAAGAAAUACUCAGUUUUUACAUUGUCAUUGAUUUGUUUUCCUGUAUUUACUAUUCAACUGCAUUUCAACAAUGUCUUGGAUAUUAGUCAAUAGUAGUUUCGUUGUUGAUAAAUGUGUCCAUAGCCCUAAUUAUAUUAGGGGUGGGGGCUUCUUUGACAUUUCAGGCAAUGUUUCUGCAACACAGAAAGACAUCGACAGUGUUUCAUUUGUAUAUUUUUUUAGUCUUAUGCAUGUGUGACCAUUGGCUUUCGGUUCUGAAAGGCGCGUAAGCCAGAUAAAUAAUAUGCAUCAUUUUCAUGUGGGGCUUAUUAUAGGCCCCAAAUGUGAUAUACAAAUCUUUUACACUUACUAUUAUUUCCAGCCAAAUUCCUUUGGUAUGAUUGUUGAAUUGUUCAUACUUUUGAUGGACCCCCCCCCCCUUUAUUCAUUGUUGUACUCCAAAUAAUUGUAUACAAUAAUGUAUAAUUGCUUCCUUAGUUCGUACAAUAGGCAGCUAGUGAUCCCAUUGUUUCAAACAAAGUAAGGAACUGCCUACUGAUCCAAUUAUUUCGAUUUUGUUGAUUAUUAUGAUAUGAUAUUAUGAUUAUAAUGAGUUCAUGUAUUUGAGUGUCCAAAGUGAUGAAAUAUUACAGCUUAGCUUCAAAGAUAAUUAACAGAUAUUUAACUUGAUUUUUCAAUCUUCAUUUUUAACUCACAUGUGCAAUUUUAUGUAAGAUGUAAUCCAAUAUAAAUGUGUAUGUCUGCCAGCUCGUAGGGUGAAACAGAAAUUUAAAAAAAAAAGAAUAAAAACAUUUAAAUGUAUAGUAAGAUGUGGUAGUUACUAUUUAGUUCAUUUACAUGUUAGUUUAAGUCAAGUUUAUAUACUUCAUAUUCUAAAUAUUGAUACAUCAUGAUAACAUCCCCAUAUUUAUUUUACUUCAUUCUCUCUUGUCUAUUGAAAUUUCUGAUCAUCCGAAGUGAAUCUUCUUCGUAUAACGUGUUAGAAUUCCCACAAAGUAAUUUUGAAUGCACAGGUCUUUAUAAGAUUGUGAUUGGAAGCCUAUUUACUUGGUUUUAUCCAGAUUCACAACAUUUAGAGACACUCACUGCAUCCUAGUGAAAAAAAAAAAUUAGCCUAACAAGGACUGGUUAUAAAGAUCAGUUAGACUUCCUUUUCAAUAUGUGAAUCAUAUUUUAGAAAGAAUUAUCAAGCAAAAAAUGUAUAUUAUUUUCUUAUUUAAAAAAAAAAAAAAGGAAUUGACUAUGAAGUAAAUCUUAUCUGGGCUCUAAAUAUUCUACAGCAUAAUGGAUUUAUUCAGAGAUUUUCUUCGAUAACAGUUUUUCACCUCUGUGAUUUCAAUGACGGUCGUUAAAAUAUGUCGAUCAAUAUUUUGGUGCUAGCAUAGAUUAACAAAUGUUGCUACACCCCUACACCACAUUGUAAAUUUGUAAAUGAUUAUGAUAUUUGGUAAGACCUUUCCUCCUUGUUUAUAAACUAUUGUAUUAUUUGGUUUAAUUUUACAUGUAAGUCAUUUCAAUAGUGACCAAACUGCUAUGAAAAAAAUUCAAAUCAAGAAAGAAACAAAAAAUAGCAAGGCUUGUAUUAUGUGAUAUAUCUGUUAUUGGUUAUAGAGAAUGGUCAGUACUUGUCAAUUAAAUUUGUAUUGACAUUUGGUACAGUUUAUGGGUAUACAUUGAAAAAAAAGUUGUCAGAUGUGUUAGGUAACUAUCAGAAUUAUAUUAUAUAUAUAUUAAUAAAUGAAUUAUAUAUGUGAUAAAAAAGU